AUAAAAUAGGCUGGGCAUGUAGCACUGUGAGAUGGAUGAAUGCAUUGAAAUAUAGUAAAGAAAAGACAUCACUUGGGAGACCUAUACAGGGAACAUAAAAUUGAAAAAGAAGGUUUGAGGUUGUGCACUUGUUUCAGGUGGUUCAUGACAAGGUCCAGCUGCAAAAUCUUACGAGUACUGUAAUGAAUACAGAGGUUAGAGAAGUUGAAGUCGUUUCAUGGCCAGGUGAUAAGACUGUCAGCUUUUCGAAGACCUUGCUCCAUCAAGUCACUUCAUUUUGAUCCAAGGAAUGGAAUGUUUGCCAAAUGUGUAAGCAGAUAAUAUGAAUUUUGGUACAGUGUGUACAUUGCAGUUACUUCAGCCAGACUAAGAGACUGCUGGAGGAGGACGAAACACUUUACUGCAUCUCCGCCUGGAAUGACCAGGGUUAUGAGUACACCAGCAGUGAUCCAAGCUUGUUAUACAGAGUUAUACAGAGUGGAAAACAUGCCAGGGCUCGGAUGGAUCCUUAAAAAAUCUCUCUAUAAAGAUGAGCUGGAAUCCAAAUGGUCAACACCUGAGAAGAAUUGGGACUGGGAUAUGUGGAUGCGGCUACCUGAGGUUCAGAAAGGCAGAGAGUGUGUGAUUCCAGACGUGCCUCAGACAUAUCAUUUCGGUGCUUUAGGUCUGAACAUGAAUUCCUACUUCCAAGACGUCUGCUUCAAGAAACAUUCUUUCAAUACUUUGUCAUAUGUGAAGCUUAAACAUGUUGACAGUGCUUCAAGAUCUGCGACCUUGAUGUUCGAGGUUAUCACAAGAGUAUGUGGAGACUGCACAUGAAGGGCAGUGAAUUGCUUGUCGUUGGACUGCCGUACUCAGAGUAUUCAAAAUUCAAACCAUCGAAUGUCACUCCAGUUUAUUUGGAAGAGAAGACUAAUGUCAGAUAGCAGAAGGUAACAGCAUUUAGAAGAUUCUUGGAUCCCACAUUGCCGUGAAGAUGAGCCUUCUGUGAUACAGAGAUCUUAAUUUGAAGAUAGGACAUUAUUUUAAGGCUUUAUCGUCUUGCCUGUGCCAAUUCAUUAUGAGAAACUGUAAAGAACUGUUCUUCUUAAGAUGCCAGAACUGUGUGCUGAUUUCUGCUCUCCGUGAUAUGUGACAGUAAAAGGGGAGUGUACAUUGUGAAUGUGUACCAGAAUGAAAAUAUUAUUGUAGAUCCAUAGAAAGAAGUAGGUAUACCAUCUGAGUUGGAGUUACCAAUUUACAAGUACAGUAAAUUCCUGUUUGUCUGCUAUCCAGGCAUCCAGGAUUUUCAUUCAGCUGGCAAAAAUUUCUAAGAGAAUUAUAAAGUCAUUAAAAUAAU